GGUAAACGCUUGUGCGGGUUGUUGCAGAGACACCAGCAGUUUUCCGCUGCUUGCUUUUUUUCCCCCCUAUUAUUUCUUCUUUCCUUUUCUGGAACAAAAUUUGGAUUUCUGCACUUUUUUUUUUGCUCUCUCUCCCCACUUUAGGUUUAUUACUUGGACUUAAAUCAUCCUGAUCUGAAGAUGAGAUCAUCUGCUGUCCUCGGGCCUCUUUGUGCGCUUCUUUUUCUGCUGCUCGAGCCUGCAUGCCGAGGUGAUGAAGUUUUCACCCAAACUGUGAACCCGUGCUGCUAUUUCCCCUGUCAGAACGGAGCCGCCUGUGUGAGGUUUGGCGAGGGCGCGUAUGAAUGUGACUGCACCCGUACCGGUUACUACGGAGACAACUGCACUGUCCCGGAGUUUUGGACCAGAGUGUGGCAGUUCUUGAAGCCCAGUCCAGAUGUGACCCAUUACAUCCUCACUCACUUCCGCCUGCUCUGGGACGUCAUCAAUUCCACCUUUCUACGCGACGUUCUCAUGCGGCUCGUUCUAACAGUGAGGUCCAACUUAAUACCCAGCCCUCCUACAUUCAAUUCAAAGUUCGGCUACCUCAGUUGGGAAUCCUAUUAUAAUUUGAGUUACUACACUCGCAUCCUUCCUCCGGUGCCAGAGGACUGUCCUACACCUCUGGGUGUCAAAGGUGCAGCAGGGCUGCCUGACCCUGAGCUGUUGGUUGACAGGCUGUUGAGAAGGAGGAGCUUCAGACCUGACCCCCAAGGAACCAACCUCAUGUUUGCCUUCUUUGCACAGCACUUCACCCAUCAGUUCUUCAAGACCUACAACCACAUGGGUGUGGGCUUCACCAAAGCUCUAGCACAUGGGGUGGAUGCAGGGCACAUCUAUGGAGACAAUCUGGAUCGCCAGCUCCACCUUAGGCUUCACAAAGACGGGAAACUUAAGUACCAGAUAAUUGACGGUGACAUGUAUCCGCCUUCUGUGGCUGAUGUGCACAUUCGGAUGAGUUACCCCCCUAACAUUUCUCCUGAGAAGCAGCUGGCUGUCGGUCAGGAAGUAUUUGGGCUUCUUCCUGGUUUGGGAAUGUACGCCACGCUGUGGCUGAGGGAACAUAACCGAGUCUGUGACAUCCUGAAAGCAGAACAUCCCACAUGGGACGAUGAACAGCUUUUCCAAACCGCACGUCUCAUCAUCAUAGGGGAGACAAUUAAAAUAGUGAUUGAAGAGUACGUGCAGCACCUCAGCGGAUAUAUGCUGAAGUUGAAAUUUGACCCCACUCUGCUGUUUAACUCCCAUUUCCAGUAUGCAAACCGCAUUGCUCUGGAGUUCAGCCAGCUCUACCGCUGGCAUCCCUUAAUGCCUGACAGCUUCUUUAUUAAUGGAGAGGAGCUGACCUACAAACAGUUCGUCUUCAACAUUUCUGUUCUCACACACUACGGUGUGGAGAAGCUGGUGGAUUCCUUCUCACGGCAAGUUGCUGGCCAGAUAGGCGGAGGUCGAAACCUCAACGACGCCACCAUCAGCGUGGCCGUCAGCACCAUAAAGGAGUCCCGACAACUCCGCUUGCAGCCAUUUAAUGAAUACAGGAAACGCUUUAACCUGAAGCCAUACACAUCUUUCAGAGAAUUCACCGAUGAUGAGGAGAUAGCCCGUGAGCUUGAAAAGCUUUAUGGUGACACUGAUGCCCUUGAAUUUUAUCCUGCUCUGCUACUGGAGAAAACAAGACCGGGUGCCAUAUUUGGAGAGAGCAUAGUGGAGAUGGGCGCUCCCUUCUCCCUGAAAGGCCUCAUGGGAAACCCCAUAUGUUCUCCACAAUACUGGAAGCCCAGCACCUUCGGUGGAAAGGUGGGCUUUGAUAUCGUGAACUCUGCCACUCUGAAGAAACUGGUCUGUUUAAACACCAGGAUGUGUCCUUAUGUAGCCUUUAGAAUCCCAGCAGAGAAACCAAAACAAAGAGAGGAGGAUCACGGCAGAAAAAGGACUGAUGAGUUAUGCGGGUGGGUGAUAUUUUAUAAAGGUUUCCCGGCCAUACAUUUAAGAUUACCCAUCGUCAUGACGACACUGGAUGACAAGCUCCUGGGAGAGAAGCUGCAGUACUACUACAGCAGCAGUGAGGAUGAAGGCAGCGACAACGAGGAUGAAGAUGGACAGAACAAAACCAUCCGUGAUGCCGGAGUCAUGGAGGCUGAGCUUGACUACAGUCCCGAUGGAAGCGCCGUCAAUACAGGACCAAAAGGUGUGAUCAAUGACUGGAGGAAGUACAAGCAGCUGGAGGUGGAGCAGAGACAGGAGCAGAAGAAAGAGAUGGAAAGACUAAUCAAGAAGCUGUCCAUGACCUGCCGCUCUGACCUGGACCUGGAAAAAGACAAAGAGAAACAGAAAGAGCUGCAGGACAAAAUCCAGGGCAAAAUGACCAUGCAGGAGUAUAACAUGCUGAAGGAAGAGGAUGAUGAUGAAGACUUCCUGCAGCAUUACCGUAUGCAGCGCAUCGAAGAAAUGAGACGGCAGCUGUGCCGCGGCAAACACUUUGAGCAGGUUUAUGAGCUCGUUAGCGGUGAAGACUUCCUGGAGGCUUUGGACAAGGAGGAUAAAAGCACGCUGGUCAUGAUGCACAUCUAUGAGUCGGACGUCCCGGGCUGCGAGGCCAUGAGCGGCAGCCUGCUGUGCCUGGCUCAAGAGUACCCUCUGGUCAAGUUCUGCAGUGUGCGCAGCUCGGCCAUCAGCACCAGCGCACUGUUCAGAGACAGCGCUCUCCCGGCCCUGCUCGUCUACAAAGGAGGGGACCUCAUCGGCAACUUUGUGCGCCUCACAGAUCAGCUUGGGGAAGACUUCUUUGCUGUGGACCUGGAGGCCCUCCUGCAGGAGUAUGGCCUGCUGCCAGAAAAACCACCCCUUGUCCCAAAGACAGUUCGCAAUGGCGCCAUUAUUCAAAACGCACAAAGCGACGAGGACUCUGACCUUGAUAUAGACUAGAGUAGACUAUAUUCACAUUAUGCACUUUGUAAAGGCACAUGCCGACUGUGUGGAUGGUGUUUAUAUAAGAGGAUCAUCCAGUUUGUGUUGACUGAGCCCGGGUUGGAACAGUGCACGUUAUGACACAUCAGCAUUCAGGCAGAACUAAAAGUAAAUGUGGGGGGGACAUGCCACAUAAUGCAGCCUGGGGAGUGUUAAUCAUUCUGUAAUAAAUAUUAGCUUAAUUUACAAGUUCGUGCUCUCCAUCUUGCAGGACCUGUUGUACACAGAGGAUGUGUGCUAGAAAAAUGAUUGAGUUGUGACCAACUAUUUAUUCCAGCUGAUACUGUUUCUCUUCAUUUCCUUGUUUUGUGCGUUUUUGUUGUUACUGUAGAAAGUAAAAACUUCAACU